GACAAGCUGUCUUCUUAUAACCUGUAUGGGAGAAUAUCAGGCUUCUUUCAAUACACUUGACUAUUGAGUGCAAUUUUGAAUAUCUUCCUAGGCAAUAAUGUUGAGAAUUACUUGUUUCAUUAUUUUAAUAUUUUUUAAAGUGUUUAUCAUUUAAAAAGUGCCACCAACUACUAAAAUUGAAUGUCCCCAAAUGGUUCCUGACAUCACGCAACUAACUGUCAAUUUUUAGUGAUUUCUCAAAUUAAAGAAACAAAUAAUUUCCUUAAUUUUCAUCUAUUUUUUGUAAAUUUCGGGUUUCGCCUUUCUUACGUUAUUGUAAAUAUCGUGUAAAUUUUUGUUAUGUUAUAAAAGACUGAUUACACCUUAUUAUUGGAUCCAAGGGCAAUGUCGAACAAGAACUCAAUGGUGAUAGGCAAUAAUAUUGGUUUAAAGCAGAUAGAUCUAGAUCAAAUAUGGGGUGACUUAAAUUUGGGAAUACGACAAGUUUACAACAGAGAAAGCAUGUCUAAGAAACGUUAUAUGGAGUUGUACACACAUGUAUACAAUUAUUGUACCUCAGUGCAUCAACAGCAGUCAAACGGAAGAAGUUCUUCAAAUGCAACAACCAAAAGCAAAAAAUACAAUGUCGGAGGGGGUGCUCAGCUAGUGGGCAUGGAAUUAUAUAAAAGACUCAAAGAGUUUUUAAAAAAUUAUUUAGUUAAAUUAUUAGAGGAUGGAAUCCAUCGCAUGGAUGAAGAUGUAUUAAAAUUUUAUACUGUUCAAUGGGAAGAUUAUCAAUUUUGUAGCAAGGUUCUUGAUGGGGUGUGUGCUUACCUGAAUAGGCAUUGGGUAAAGAGGGAAUGUGAAGAAGGAAGGAAGUACAUUUAUGAAAUUUAUCAACUUGCAUUGGUUACCUGGCGUGACCAUUUGUUUAUGCAAUUAAAUAAAGCGGUUACAAAUGCAGUGCUCAAGUUAAUUGAAAAAGAACGCAAUGGAGAGACAAUAAAUACACGUUUAGUAUCAGGUGUGAUAAAUUGCUAUGUCGAAUUGGGGUUAAAUGAAGAAGAACCAGGUGCAAAAGGACCGAAUUUGAGUGUGUAUAAAGAGAGCUUUGAAAAUGUAUUUUUGGAAGAUACUGAAAGAUUUUACACUAGAGAAAGCUCCGCUUUUCUAGCAGAAAAUCCAGUAACAGAAUAUAUGAAAAGGGCUGAGCAGCGACUUUUGGAAGAACAGCGGCGGGUCCAAGUCUAUUUACAUGAGACCACAAGCGAACGCUUAGCAAAAACAUGUGAAAGAGUGCUUAUCCAAAAACAUUUGGAAUUGUUCCAUUCUGAAUUUCAACAGUUGUUGGACGCAGACAAAGAUGAUGAUUUAGGUCGAAUGUAUCGCAUGGUAGCUAGAAUUCCUGACGGUCUGGGAGAACUUAGAGGACUUCUUGAACAGCAUAUUGCUGCUCAAGGCCUAACCGCAAUUGAAAAAUGUGGUGAAAGCGCCCAUAGUGAUCCAAAAGUUUAUGUUAAUACAAUAUUAGAAGUGCAUAAAAAGUAUAAUGCUCUUGUAUUGGUAGCUUUUGGAAAUGAUAGUGGCUUUGUAGCGGCCCUUGACAAGGCUUGUGGGAGGUUCAUAAACGCAAAUGCAGUGACAAAAUCUGCAAACUCCUCUAGCAGGUCUCCAGAACUAUUAGCCAAAUACUGUGAUUUGUUGCUUAAAAAGAGUAACAAAAAUGCUGAAGAAGCUGAACUGGAAGAUACACUUAAUCAAGUUAUGGUUGUGUUCAAAUAUAUAGAAGACAAAGAUGUAUUUCAGAAGUUUUACAGCAAGAUGUUAGCCAAGAGACUAGUGCAGCACAUGUCCGCCAGUGAUGAUGCUGAAGCUUCUAUGAUCUCAAAAUUGAAACAAGCAUGCGGGUUUGAAUAUACAUCUAAACUGCAAAGAAUGUUUCAAGACAUUGGAGUGUCCAAAGAUCUUAAUGAGCAAUUUCGCAAUCACAUGACCAAGUCUAAUGACUCUCUAGGAAUAGAUUUUAGCAUUCAGGUUUUAUCUUCUGGUUCUUGGCCUUUCCAGCAAUCUUUCACAUUUGGAUUGCCUUCUGAGCUUGAACGUAGUGUAAGUAGGUUUACAAAUUUUUAUUCAAGUCAGCAUUCAGGUAGAAAACUGAAUUGGCUAUACAACAUGUCCAAAGGGGAACUUAACACCAAUUGUUUUAAAAAUAGAUAUACUCUCCAAGCAAGCACAUUUCAAAUGGCUGUGCUGCUACAAUUUAAUGUGGCUGAUUCCUGGACUGUGACACAAUUAGAAGAAAAUACCCAAAUUAAGCAAGACUUUCUCAUUCAAGUAGUGCAAAUUCUUUUAAAAGCUAAAUUACUGAGCUGUGAUGAUGAAGAAAAUGACCUUUCUGCUAGUUCAUUACUCUUUCUUAAUUUAGGCUUUAAAAACAAAAAGCUUCGUGUAAAUAUUAAUAUUCCUAUGAAAACGGAGCUGAAAAUGGAACAAGAAACAACUCAUAAGCACAUAGAAGAAGACCGAAAGUUACUUAUACAGGCGGCAAUAGUGCGAAUUAUGAAGAUGAGAAAGGUGCUAAAACAUCAGCAGUUAGUAGCUGAAGUCUUGAAUCAGCUCUCCUCACGAUUUAAACCUAGGGUGCACAUCAUAAAGAAAUGUAUAGAUAUACUCAUUGAAAAGGAAUACCUGGAAAGAACGGAUGGACAGAAAGACACCUACAGUUAUUUGGCAUGAUCGGGUAUCGUUUAGUAUCCUAAAAUAAUUUAUUUUAGACUAUCACAUAUAAAAAAAAUGAGUCGAGGAAAAACUUGGAACUGUGUGAAGAUAGUGAUAUUGUGUAUGUAUAAUUGUAAAUAUUUUAGGAUUGUAUUAAAUUCAGUUGAAAAAAGGAAUGCUAUUGAAUAAAUUAUAAUCUGUGACUCUCAACAUCAACUUCAAAAGUUUGUUGUAAUAGAUUUGUUUGGAAAUUGGAAGUCAUAAGACAUCUUCGAUUUUUAAGGGUCACUUUCUUUUGUUUUCUUUAUAUUUUUGACGACCUUGAAACGGGGGAUCUUAUUAUUUACAGAGGCUGCAAGUUCCAAACGCAAAUUUGUACAGUGGUAAAAUAUAACGUUUAAAACUUAAAUUUACAUGUGAAAUAUACAUUUUUUGAUUGGGCAGUUUGUUCUCUAAAGACUAAAAUAUAAUAAAGGAAAAAAAUCGUUUUAUGUGGUCUCUAAUGUUCUUAGCCAAACAAUUUGUAAUUUAUUUUAUAAUUAAAUAAGUUGUUAACCGAAUUAAUAAGUUUUGUUUCUAGUUUCCCAAAGCAGAUUUUAACAUUUGAAUACAAAAAAUAUCUAUCGGAUAAGUCACAAGGAUAUAUAGGUUGAUUAAUGGUUGGUAGCGGUUUGGUUUGGUUAUUUGGUAAACUUUGCAAUUUUAAACAAAUAUUAUGUGCCAUAUAUCAAUCUGUAUACAACUUCACAAAUUGAUUGUUCUUGAUGUUAUUUCUAUCUCAUUGAUUUCCUCAAUUAUUUUAUCUAUUGACUUUUUAAAACUUAAUCUUACCUAUUUUUACAUUAAAUCGGUUUGCUGUGAUAACUAACCGAAAGUCCGUCCUAGUGCGCUUAUUUUAGGACACAAUUCUAUUUUAGUACUCAAAAUUGUUAUUUGCCCGCAACUUAAUCUGUUGCUGACAUAUUACGUGAAAUGGAUGGUUAUUUGCUAUGGAGAAUUCGAUUAUAGUCUUAUAUCCCCAUAUAGCUAUUGAAUAAUGAUGAGUGACCCUACUAAUUGGCUUUGAUAUUUUCACAGAGUUAGGAAUGAUCUUUUGGGUAUGCCUCUAUACAUACAGCUAUAAGAUAAUUUAUAGUGGGGCCCUACUACGGUAAAAUUUGAUGCGCCGUAGGUGGCUAUGAUUUUUUUUUCCUUAAUUCAAUGCGUUCGGUUCGCGUCUUUACUUAGACGGCUGCCCAGGUUUUUCCAUAUUUGAACGAGUAAAUUAAUUUUACACGCUUACAACACCCAAGGCCAAGGUGGGAAUCGAACCCACAUCCUCCGGCAAGUUCGAGUUGGCAAGUCCACGCCUUACCAAUCGAGCCAUCCUCGGUCCCAGGUGGCUCAUGAUAUUUUCGUAGAGAAAGUAUGGGUCUUUUGCGC